AAAGAAAUAAAAGAGAGAUGAGUUCUUUUGAACAUUUCCUCCAUAAACAUACAUUGUCGUUCAUCCAGGAGGGAUAUCAAAUAUUUAUCUGUGCUGGAUGCAAGAAACCCAUAUCCGGGCCUUUCUAUUCUUGCCCGCACUGUAUUUUCUAUCUUCAUUAUGAGUGUGCUAGGCUUCAACGGCAGAUUCAACAUUUCUUUCACCCAUGCCCUCUUUUUCUCAUUCUUGAUUCCGAUACAUGUAAUGCUUGUUUCAUGGAAGUGUCCGGUUUCAGCUAUUGCUGCUUCACUUGCUAUUUCACUAUGCAUGUUGAGUGUGCUUUAAAGCCCACCAUUUCAUCUGAAAGUGAUGAAGGGCUUAUUCUGCAUUUCACUCAUUGGCAUCCUUUAUCACUUAUUGAUCUCAACAUCUUUCAUGAUAAACCUUGUUGUGCCAUAUGUGAAAAGCCCUGCUCCACUAAUUCUACCUAUGGCUGCUCCUCAUGUAAUUUCUUCCUCCAUAAUUCUUGCAAGGCCACCAUUCCACGAAGUAUUAAUCAUUCUUUCCAUCCGUGCGCUCUCAAUUUGCUCACUUAUCCGAACUAUACGUGCAAUGGUUGCAAUCGAGACUGCUCGGGCUUGACCUAUAGUUGUGGGAAGUGCCGUUUCAAGCUCGAUAUCAGAUGCGGCUUACUUCCUACUGUGGAGACCAGAGGCGCUGAUAUGAUUCAAAAUAUCAUGCAUCCACACCCAUUAGCACGCCUUGGAAACAAGAAUGUUGACAAUACUAGAUUUGGAGUAGGACACCGAUGUAGAGCUUGUGGAGAAAAUGAUUUGGAUCAUGGUUUCAGUUGUAGCAUAUCGUGUGACUUCUUUAUACACACAUCAUGCGCUGAAUUGCCAAAAGAUAUUCAUCAUCCUUUUCAUCUCCAGCACCCUCUAAGUCUCACGUAUCUUCCAUUGCAGCUGCAUGGUGCUGAUUGUUCUUCAUGCAACAAACCGCUCGAUGGAUUUCUGUUGGCCUACCGCUGCGACGGGUGCAAUUUUAACCUUCAUAAAGAUUGCGCUGAGUUCAAACCCUCAUUCAAGCAUGGAAAUUACUUACACGCUCUUACCCUUUGUGACAAAAGACCAUCACUAUUUCACUGCACCGUCUGUCAUAAAAGAGUCAACAAAAUUUUCCUUCGAUGUUUUGUGUGUGGGAUUGACAUCCAUGUGUUCUGCCUACCUUCAGCACCGAAAACAAUAACACAUAAAUGGCACAUAGAUUGCUUAAGUCUUACCCAAUCACCUCUUGAGUUCGAACUGAAUCGAUUAGAAGACGCAGAUAACUCAGAUGAUGAAUUCUAUUGCGAUGUAUGCGAGGAAAAAAGAGAGAAGAAAGACUCGGUUUAUUAUUGUGCAGAAUGCAAAUUCAUUGCGGAGGUUGGCUGUGUCAUCUCUGAGUUGGUUCCAUCCUAUAAUACGCCCGAGGAGCAGAAUGCGGUGACCAGCCGAGCCAUUUCCAAGGAUGAAGACUAUUCUGCAAAAGAAAUCAGACUGGCAGAGCUGAAUAACGAGAUUAUAGAGCUUAGUGCAAAGUCAAAGCCUUUAAUACAAGAACGAGAGCCUUUAAACAUAGAAAUUAUGCUUUUGAACGAAAAACAUUUACAAUUGCAAGGAAGGUUACAAGAAAUUGAAACGGAGCUAUUGCAAAUAAUCCGGAUCACAGAUAACCUUGAGGUAAAACGUUUUCUGUGCAAGCAUCAACCCAAGCAUCGCAUAACAGAAGAUAUGUUUUCGACUGAAGCUUCAACUUCAGGAGGGCUGAGCCUGAGUGCUGAGCAGGCAAGACAUAUGGAAGACGAGUCAAAGCUGUUACCAGCAUCAAAUAUUUCCAGAAACAAGGAGACUGCAAUAGAAGUUGCAAAGCUCAAGGCAGAGGAAAUGGUUUUCAAAUUAGAAACUAAGAAGCAUCGGUCAGAAUUAGAGAAAGGUGAGGAGAAACUAGAGCGAAUAAAUUUGAGGCUAAAAGAACUUGAGGUUGAUGGUUUUUUGAACAAUGAUAUGGUCGGUCGCAACAUGAAGAAAAAUAAGUACGCAACUGAAGCUUCAACUUCACAAGAGCCGACUGCUGAUCUGCCUUGAGUUUGGAAUGACAUGUAUCAACUGUCUUGCUAAAUGCUACUAUUUUAUAAUAAGCUAUAUGGAUUAUUAAUUUUUCACCUUUGUUUAUUGUACAAGAAUCUCCACACCGGUGCCAGAUUCUUGCAGCAGUUCCAUUUCUAUUGAGUUGCAUAUAUAGUAUCUCUUUAGCAGUA